UUCGCUUUCGUCCGUCCACCCGAGAAUGCCGACCCCAUCUCCCAGCCUCCUUGUAAUCCCCCCUCUCGUUUCAAGCAGUGCAACAUUUGAAGUCCUUGUACCACCACCAAGACAAUCUCCCACAAGAAACAGUCCGAGCCAUGAGCGGCUUCAAGAAACUCGUUGAUCGCAUCUUGACAAGCAAAUACAACAAACCAUUUCCAGUCACAUUACUACCUUCAGCCAUCGGGUAUUAUUUGGGCGUUCAGUCUGGCAAGAAACAAGCUGAGACGCUGGCCGAGUUUCGAAAGGUGCAUGAGGAGAAUCAGGCUAUGUUGAAGGAGAUUUCAUGGAAGCAGAAGUAGAGCUGUAAUUCAUUGGUUCUGGCGUGAGCUCUGAAGCCCCACCAACAAGUAAUUUGAUUCGUCACCGCUGCGGGGCGCUUUGAGAAGCGGUGUGCCAG